UGCAACCUUUACAAUCUCACAAGUAUCUAGUACAACCUUUUGCAAUGAUCCUUCCAAUCCAAUUUUGGCCUUCACUAUUACACUGUCAAAAGCUCAUGCUACUUCACCACUCAGGAUUUGCAAGCAGAAUGUUUGUACUACCACUAUACCUGUAGCAGGUGGUACAACUCAGGAUUACAGAGUUUCUUUAGAAAUUCUUAACUCCUAG